AUGGCUUCCACUGAUACACCCGCGCCGGUUAUAGAGUCGCCCAAGUCGGGUCAAUCUCCCAAGUCGGCGACCUCUCCCAAGUCGGCACGGUCUCCCGGUGAGACAGCUGCCCCGUUGGAAGCCGACACGUUUGACGGCGACUCCGUUCUGGGGGUGACGGACGAAGAGCUCUCCACGGCGUCCCUGACUUCCAGCCUCCGCGAGUUUCACAUGGUCCAUGGCCGUGCUUACCACAAGGACGAGAGUGGGUGGCCGAGCAACCAGUCAGACCGUCUGGACUUCCAGAAUCACCAGCUCCUUCUGACCUUUGACGGUCGCAAGUACUUCUCUCCUAAUGCCGAAACAGCAAAGAGGGUUCUUGAUGUUGGCACCGGCACCGGCAUUUGGGCCAUUGACUUUGCGGACGAGCAUCCCCACGCCGAGGUACGUUCCUUGUCUGAGUGUAGGCUGAACGGCACUCAUAAUCUCUGGGUUGUGGGAGUCGACAUUGCACCCAUCCAGCCUGGCUUAGGCAGGGUUCCUCCCAAUCUGCGUUUCGAGGUUGACGAUGUCGAAAAGCCUUGGACGUGGACACAGCAAUUCGACUACAUCUUCGUCCGCAUGCUUGUCGGCUCCCUGGCGAGCUGGGAGCCAUUCUUCAAGCAGGCUUACGAUACCCUCGAGCCUGGGGGCUGGAUCGAGCUCCAGGACCCCGGUACCCCCUCUGUCUCUGAUGACGGCACCUUGAAGGACAGAUCCCCUUUGUGGCAGCAUGACAGACGCUUCAUCCAGUCUGCUAAGAACCUUGGCCGCCCGAUCCAUCUCGCUGCCGACCACGACGAGCGCCUCAAGGACGCAGGAUUCAUCAACGUCGAGCGCAAGGUCCUCAAGUGGCCCAUCAACACAUGGCCCAAGAACCCCAAGCACAAGGAGGUCGGCUUGUGGACUCUGGCCAACAUCGAGGGCAAUCUCGAGACCAUCAGCAUGGCCCUGAUGACCGCGGCCUAG